CAUUCGUGCGAUUCGGACUGCAUGCAGAGUGCCCGUCGGCGGAUCGUGGAAUGUAUCUUACGUGGUACUGCAGUGGAUGGGUCAGAAGUCAAAGCACUCGAUCAAACGCUCGAAGAACUGACCGAUUCAAGGACAACAGGCGAAAUGCGACACAUAUCGACAACGUCAGCAGACUUCCCCAUCAAUAUACGGGACGAAAUCCGCGGCACGCAAUUUGAUGCAUUCAUAAGCGAAUUCGUGAAACCUAGGCGAGCAUUCGCGGGGCGACUUCGAUUCCUUAUGGGAUUCGUCGAUUCUGCUGAUACGGGUAUUAAACCGCUUCUAGUCACCGAUUGGGAUGGCACAAUGAAGGACUACUGCUCGCAAUAUGCAACUAAUCUUCAGCCAGUCUACAGUGCUGUUGUGAUGGGAAGAUUUGCUGAGCUGUUCACGCGUGCCACUGCUGUACUUACUGCAGGACCUCUUCGUGGUCCAGGUAUUUUGGACCUGACGGCUCUUCCCAUCAAUGGCCCAGUGAUGUUCAGUGGCUCCUGGGGACGCGAAUGGUGGCUACGUGGACGACGGGUUGUUCACGAUGACGGGAUUUCCGAAGAGGGUUUCGAUGCCAUCGGCCGUCUUAGCGAUGAGAUGACUGAUUUACUCGCGAAUGGUGUUUUCUCACAGUUUGCAUUGGUUGGCAGUGGAGUACAACGAAAGGUUGAUCGUCUUACUCUUGGAGUACAAACAGUAUUUGGCCAUGUUCCACUGGAACUUGUUGUACGAUAUAUCGAAGCAGUGAAAGAGAGAAUACAUCGUGUUGACCCCAAUAAUACAAGCCUUGUACUGGAGACGUCUUCGCCGCUUGAAAUCGAAGUUUGCGUCCAUAAUUCAGGAGCAGUUUGGAAUAAGGGCGAUGGUGUGGCGGCAUUAAUAGAAUCUCUACACGAUACUUUGAAAAACGGAAAAGUUUUGGUGGCCGGUGAUACCACUAGUGACUUGCCAAUGUUACAACAUGCCGUUUCGGAGAACAGGACUGUAAAUUCGCUACGUGAAUCAGUGCGAAGUAUCGUAGGUGAUGAUAGCAGAAUUUGCUUCGUUUCUUGCCCAGAUGUCGUCCAUGCUGCAUUCGCUCGUAUCCUGGCUGCAAAAGUUGAACUGGAUUAG